GGCCCCGGCAGCGGCCCCGUGUGGCGCUGUCCCGCGGCUCCCCCACACGGAGCGCCCCGCCCGCGGAGCCGCAGCGCGGCGGCGCAGCCGCUCCCGGCCCGGCCCGGCCCUGCCCGCGGCUCUCGGCAUGGCGGCGGCGGCGGGCGGCGGCAGCAGCUGCUUCGUGCUGGGCGCCUCCGGGGAGACGGGCCGGGCGCUGCUGCGGGAGCUGCUGGCCCGGCGGGCCUUCGCCCGGGUCACGCUGAUCGGGCGGCGCCGGCUGAGCCUGGGCGAGGCGGAGGCGGCCGUGGAGCAGGCGGUGGUGGACUUCGAGCGGCUGGGCGAGCACGCCGCCGCCUUCCAGGGACACGACGUGGGCUUCUGCUGCCUGGGCACUACCAGGGCCAAGGCUGGCGCAGAUGGCUUUGUCCGUGUGGAUCGGGACUACGUGGCGCAGGCGGCAGAGCUGGCGCGGGCAGGGGGCUGCAAACACUUUGUCCUGCAGUCCUCCCGGGGGGCAAACGCACGGAGCCGCUUCCUCUACCUCCGCGUGAAGGGAGAAGUGGAAAACCUGGUCCAGGCUGUUGGUUUUGAUCACUGUACCAUUCUCCGGCCAGCGGUGCUGCUGUGCAAGCGCCAGGAGUCCCGGCCCAUGGAGUGGAUAGCCCAGCAGUUCUUGGGUGCUGUGGCUCACCUGUUCCCCACUGCUUACUCAGUGCCUGUGGAAGUGGUGGCCAGGGCUAUGGUGGCCUGUGCACUGCAGCCAGGAGAGGGGAAGGUAAAGGUGCUGGAGAACGGGGCCAUCCAUGAGCUGGGGAAGGCAGUGCCACAGCAGGGCACAUAGAGCAGCAGGGAUUGCAGGCAGAGCUUGGUUCACUCUUCAGAUGCUCUGUGGGCUGAGGAUGAACGCACACAUGGGAGAGGUGUGGGGUGCUUGCGUGGCUAGCGUGGAGCCAGAGGUACAUCCACUACUUUGCACUUUGGCUGAUUCUGUCAAGGGAUCAAAAAUGCAGGUGCUGGCUGCUGGGUGAGGAUAAACACUGUGCUCUGCUGCCUGGAUCCAUAAUACGAAUACGGGUAAAGAUGAUGUAAUCCAGGCCUUGAAUAAAACCCUGUGACUGA